AUGGCGACCCUGGGAAGGAGCCCUCAGGAUGCCUGUGGUUCAGAUGAGGAGACUGAGGCCAGGCUGGGGGAGUGGCUGGCCCAAGUGGAGGAGCAGAGCCAGGCAUCCUCCUCCGGCGCUUCCCCCAAGCUGCAGCCACACUCCCCGCGUGGCAACCCGGAAUGGCGGCUGGAAAAGGAGCGGCUGCAGGCCCGGUGGGCCUUGCUGGAGUCCGUGCACCUGCCCGGGCUGGCCCUGAUCCUGACCCUCGUGGGGCCCCGGGUGGCCUGCCUGGUGGUGCUGGAGUUCUCCCUCAGGGCUGUCUCCACGCUGCUGUCCCUGGGCAAGGGCUCCGGGAGCACCGAGAGGCUGCAGCUGUACCUGCUGGGCCAGUACUCGCUGGGCUGUGGGCUGAGCUGCGGCCUGAGCUUCCUGCAGGAGGGCGCCUCUCACCGCACGCUCAACCUGCUGCUGGGCCUCGGGCUGGCCGCGCUGCUGAGCUCGCUGGCCCAGCGCCUCCUCCGCCACGUCUGCCGCCUCUAUGAGCUGCACAGCAGCCAGCACUACUGUGGGGUCUGCCUGGGUCUGCUGGCCGGGGCGUGUGACCUGCCCUGCCUGCUGGGCCGUGCCCUGGUCGUGGCUUUUGCUGUGGGUGACCUGGCGGCCGUGGCCCUCAUCAACCGAGACUUCAUGACCACCUCGGAAGCUGUGCGCUUCUGGACGCCGCUCACCAUCUGCUACACCCUGCUGGUCAUCUACAUGCAAGAGGAGCAGCGGCAGCACCCGGGCCUGCAGAGCCAGGUCCAGACGGUGCUGGUGCGCAUGGGCGGCCUCUUCGUGCUGCUGCUGACGGUGGGCCGCUGGCUGGACCUGCUGGGUGUCCUCAUCUCCCUGCUGGGCGAGCUCUGGUGCCUGGUGGGCGUCCGCACUCUGCUUGACCUCUGCCAGAAACAGGAUUUUCCACCCCAGAGGCCUUCCGUGUCAGCUCCAAGCCAGCCCCAGCCCUCGGCACCUGCCCAGACCCAGGGGACGGCCCCUUCCUGACCUGCC